AUGUUUCAGUCGUCAACAUCCGGGUUUGGAGGGUUUGGAUCUGCUGGUGGGAACACCAACAAUUCUCCCUUUGGAGCUUCCAAUACGAAUAAUUCUGGAUCUCCAUUUGGUAACUCCAAUGCCAACAACAAUAACAACAACGCCAAUACUGGCAAUAAUCUUUUUGGAGGUUCUAGUACUGGGAAUAGCGCCUUUGGUAGUACCGGUGCUGGUGCAGGUAGUGUGUUUGGUGCUCUGAACACUGGUGCUACUGGUGGUGGAGGAGGAAUAUUUGGUUCUUCUAAUAAUACCAAUAAUGCUUCACCUUUUGGAUCUUCAACCGGUACUUCUGCUUUUGGGGGUGUUGGCAGCAAUACCACUUCUGCAUUUGGAGUCCCUAACACCAAUGCCACCAAUGCGUUUGGAUCUACUCAAAACAAUACUACUGGGGGAAUUUUUGGUGGUGGUGCUUCGAAACCAGCUAAUUCCUUUGGUGGUGCCUUUGGUGCUUCCAAUAGUGCUACAUCAUCUCCCUUUGGUACUAACACCAGCGGGACACAAGGUGGAGGGUUUGGAGGAGCUUUGGGUGGUGGUUCUGGGGGUAACGAAGGAACAUCCAUAAAGCCAUUUGCUCCUUAUAUUGAAAAGGAUGCCACCACAGGAACAAACCAUUUUGAGAAUAUAUGUUUUAUGCCUGAAUACCGUAACUUUUCUCAAGAAGAAUUAAGAUUGAGAGAUUAUGAACAAAAUAGAAGAUUUGGUAAUAAUAAUGCUGGAGGGGCAGGAGCUUUUGGUACUGGUAGUGCCUUUGGUGGAGCUUUUGGUGCUAGCGGAAAUAAUGCAACAGGGAAUACUACUUCUGCAUUUGGUGCUAGUAACACUAGUGGUGGUAUUUUUGGUGGUGGUGGUAACAAUGCCUUUGGUCAAAAUAAAACUACUCCUUUUGGAGGUUCAAAUACUGGUUCUGUCUUUGGAAGUUCUAAUACCCAACAAGGUGGAGCGUUUGCUGGUACUUCUCCAUUUGGUAGUAGCAAUAAUGCUACUGCCAAUGCUUUUGGAUCCGGUUCUAAUGCCUUUGGCAGUUCAAAUAAUGCCUUUUCUGCCAAUAAACCAGCUGGCGCAUUUGGCGCUGCUUCAGGUAAUACUUCCGCCUUUGGUGGUGCACUGACCGGUGGGGGGGUUUUCGGUUCGAACAAUACGAACACUAAUGCGUCACCAUUUGGACAAAAUUCAGCACAAACUUCAAAUGCUUUUGGAGCUUCUAAUGCAUCGCCUUUUGGUGGGAACAAUACAACCAGUAGUUUUGGAGGUUUAGGGAGCAAUUCAAAUGCAGGGGCAUCUCCAUUCGGUGCCAACAGAACCACAGGUACCAGUGCUUUCGGAGGUGGGGCUUCCAACCCGUUUGGUAGUAAUCCAACUGGUACUACGAAUGCAUUUGGAGCAUCUAAUAAUACUGCUACUGGAGGCCUAUUUGGAAGUAAUACCAAUACAAACUCUGCAUUUGGCGCCAAACCAGCUACCGGUGGUAUGUUUGGACAAGCCCAAUCUACUGGUGGUGGUUUAUUUGGAGGCAACACUUCACAACAAAAUAACUUGACAAACACUAGUGGUGGAUUAUUUGGUUCCAAUACAGGCCAAACUGCUGGUGGAGCAUUUGGUGCGAAGGCUGCUGCUCCUGGAGGUGGAUUAUUUGGCUCCAAUCAGCAAAACACUGGUACUACCAAUGGGUUAUUUGGAAAAUCUGGUGCCACUGGUAUGGGAGCUCCUGGUACCACAGGAGGCUUAUUUGGUAAUAAUAAUUCAACUGGUGGAAUGAAUCAACCUGCUACUUCUGGUAGCUUAUUUGGUGCAAAGCCUGCAACCACCACUGGUGGAGGAUUAUUUGGGAAUACUGGUACGACAACUGGUACUACUUCUGGUGGACUUUUUGGUAACAAUACGACUUCGACUCAAAACGGUGGAUUAUUUGGUAAACCACCAGCAAACGGAACUACCACUGGUCUUUUUGGAGCUAAACCCGCGGAUUCAAAUGGAUCGGCUGCUACUGGAAGUUUAUUUGGUGCUUCAAAUGCCGCUCAACAAAAUAAUGGUCUCUUAGGAUCUUCAGGGACCAUGCAACAACUUCAAGACCAACUGGCCCAAGCAUUAGCCACCAUUGCUAAUAGUAAUGUUUAUGGUAACAACCCAUUGUUUGGAGGUUUAUCAAAUAAGAAUAAUACUUCAUAUCCUAUGGCAGUUCCAGUAAGAAGUCCUGUUGUUGUUAAGCCAGUUACGUUAACUUCAAAAGCUAAGAUUUCACCAUUGGUGAAGCUUCGUGCUUUUAACUCCGUUGAAGCCUCUAAAUCUGAACUUAUUGUACCCAAACCAAAGUCGCUUGCUGCUACUGCAAGCGACUCUAAAACAGAUGUUGCUAUCUUAUCAUCUGAUAUCUUUGCACCAUCAGCAAAAAUCACUAGAUUGACUAUUGAAAGAAAGCCUUCAUCGUCAGGCUUAUUAGCUUCCACUGAAGAUCACGCUACUUCAACCAGAAGAGUACUCAUGGAACCUGCUAAAAAGACGGCUAAGCCCUUAGAAGAUUCUACAACAAAGGCAACAGAAGCAGCAGCAUCUACGACCACAUCGACAUCUUCUCUGAACAAAGCAGGUGAUUCUGACUCUGAGACUCAUACACAGCCCAUCGAGAACAACUUACCUUCAACAACAGCAUCGCUUGAAGUUGACGAUGAUGGCUAUUGGACUUCACCACCGUUGUCGGAGCUUAAGAAGAAGUCUCUUUCCGAACUUAGAAGCAUCAAGAAUUUCAAAGUUGGUCGUAAGUUUUAUGGAGAAAUUAAAUUUUUAAGUCCGGCUGAUUUACUGACAAUUCCUAAUUUGGAAGAUAUACCCGGGAACUUGGUUGUAUUUGGAUCCAAGCUUUGUGUUGUUUAUCCUGAACUGGAUGAAACCCCCAUGCCUAAAAGAGGUGAAGGCUUGAACUUACCUGCUCAAAUUACUUUAGAAGGUGCAUACCCAAUUAAUAAGGCCGACAAGGUGCCUAUAGUUGAUCCCCACAGUUCAGUUGUUAAACGUCAUAUUGACCGAUUGAAGCAAUUGGAAGGCAUGAAGUUUAUCAGUUAUGAUGCUCCAACAGGUACUUGGGUAUUUGAUGUGGAACACAUGGACUAA